AUGGCCACCAGGAAGUCAACAAAACUUCGUAUACCGCAUCCUCAGGAAGACUGCGAGCUUGUUGGGAUACUGGAACAGCUAACGCCUGAAGAGCCCACGCAAGGCAGAAAGAUUGCCCUGAUUCUCCAUGGCACCAUGGGGCAUAAAGACUACUUGUUCCAAAAGCGUCUUGCACUACAUUUUCCGAUGGACUCAUUCAGAUUUGAUUUCCGCGGAAAUCACGAAAGUGGGGGCCAACGGACACAAGGCGGAUUUGCGAGAGACGUCGAGGACCUCGUGACGGUCGUUUCUUACCUCCGCAAUGCAUAUGGGUAUGAGAUUGAUGUAGUGGUGGGCCAUUCUCGUGGUUCUGUAGUCGGGAUGCAUUGGCUAUGCACGUCUGAAGAAGGCCAACGUGCUCAUGCUAUGAUCAAUGUGUCAGGUCGUUACCGAAUGCAUCGCAUGAUUAGCGAAUUUACGUUUCUAGACAACGCCGAGACCUACAAAGAGCAAUGGGAUACUAAAGGUUACUUCGAGCGGUCUUACACAGUUGCUCGACAAGCAGUUGUGGAAAGGAUCUACCCACACGAUCUAAAGGAGUUCUCUCAGUGGAAUACAGAAAUCGUUUGGGACAACUUUCCCGCCCAUAUCGAUGUUCUAACAUUGCACGGUCUCGUCGAUAAGACAGUUCCUGUAUAUGACGCGAUUAUUUACUCUCGAGCACUUGGUGCAAGAACCCCUGGAACCCAUAGCCUCCAUUUAAGUGAGGAGGCUGAUCACAAUUUUACAAAUCGCCAAGACGAGGUUGUAAACUGUAUCCUGGAGUGGUGGGAUGCUCUUAACCAGGGACGCUUGAAAACAGGCAUAUGGAUGACAGGCGUACGUGGCAAACUGUAA